AUGUCUCCUCACAAUGACGCACCCUCACCGGCCGGCAGCUUUGCCGUCGGCGGCUUCAAUGCUUUCCCUCUGCACUCUGCAGCUUCUCAUUUUCGUCUGGGGGGUUUCACUACAGCUGAAGCGCCAUCACCCCUGAGCAGCUCCUACGACUGCAGCUCCCUCGACGAAGACUUGCACGUUGAUCGACCUCUGGUCCCGGGAGUCUACGUCCCUACCAUGUGCUUCUUCGAGCACGGCACGGAGAACGUGGAUGUAACCACCAUUGCCCGCCAUGCCGUGCGACUGGCCCGCGCCGGUGUCACCGGCCUGGCCACUCAGGGCUCGAACGGCGAGGCGGUCCACCUCACCCACGAGGAGAGACAGCUGGUCACUGCCACUACCCGGAAGGCCUUGAACGAUGCCGGGUACACGCACCUGCCCAUCGUCGUUGGCUGCGGCAGCCAGAGCACCCGCGAGACGAUCCAGUACUGCUGCGAGGCAUGGGAAGCAGGCGGCGACUACGCGCUGGUGCUCCCGCCGUCCUACUAUUCCCCGCUCUUCGCACCAUCCUGCGGAACGGUCCUCGACUUCUUCACGGCGGUGGCUGACGCCUCGCCCAUCCCCAUCAUCAUCUACAACUUCCCGGGGGCGGUGGGCGGGCUCGACCUCUCGUCCGAUCUCAUCGUCGAGCUGGCGGCACACCCCAACAUUGUGGGGGUGAAGCUCACGUGCGGCAACACGGGCAAGCUCAACCGCGUGGUGUCUGCCACGCGCAAGCUCGCCAAGAACUACGACGCCCGCCGGCCAGAGUUCCUUGUCCUCGCCGGGUCGGCCGACUUCACGCUCCAGUCGCUCGUGGCGGGCGGCCACGGCAUACUCGCCGGCCUGGCCAACAUCGCACCAAAGGCCUGCCUGCAGACCAUCGAGCUCUACCGGCAGGGCAAGCUGCGCGAAGCUCAGGAGGUGCAGGACAUCGUCGCACAGGGAGAUUGGACGGCGAUCCAGGGGGGUGUCGUCGGCUCCAAGGCCGGGCUGGAGGAGUGGAUGGGCUAUGGUGGGUAUGCCCGGUCGCCUCUGCCGAAGCCCACGGCAGAGCAGUCCAAGAAGUGGAAGCAAGGUUUCAGGGAGCUAGUUCUGCUGGAAAAGACUUUAUGA